AUCCAGAUUCACAGAUAGACCCGUUCUGAUCCUACAGAACAGACAGACUGACAGAGAGAUAGACAGACAGACAGACAGACAGAGAGACAUACAGACAGACAGACAGAGAGACAGAUAUACAGAGAGACAGGUUAUAGCUGGAUUGUUUGUUUGGACAUUGUUGGAUAACAUCCUGUUCUCCUGCAAUGGCACCUUGCUCUACCCUCCUCCUCGUCCUCCUCGUCCUCCUCCUCUCACCAUGUACAGCUGCUCGUCCUGCCAGCGACAAGCAGGUUGUGAGGUUAUUUGGAAGCCAUCUCCUGUCCCUCAUCAUGGCCCCCCCUCUCUAUGAUGACCUCACAGAGGCCUCGGCACAGAGCCCCGUCUUUUCCUCCUCUUCUACGAGCGGAUUGGCCGCCAGACCGCAAGAGGUCCGCCGGUUCUUCCUUGACUUACUCAAGAGCAACAGGAAGUUGCGGGGGCGCAGCAGGAAGCGUAUGGCGGGCGGUAGAGGCUGUUUUGGAAUGAAGAUGGAUCGUAUCGGCUCUAUCAGCGGGCUGGGCUGCUAGUCACCCUCACUGAGCUACCACCAUGAUGACACUUUCCAUGACAUCCCACGGUGACGUCAAGCCGUGAUGUCACCUCCAUGACAUCAUGUCCACGACGGUACAUCCACGAUGUCACAUCCGCAAUGUCACAUCCAUGUUGGAUCUUUAACAGUCUCUGAACUGUUAACCUCGACCCCUGGCCAAACCGCCAGCAGCACUCUGGAAGUUACAUCGAUGACUGUGAUGUCACACUUUGAUGUGACAUCACACUGUGAUGACACAUCCAUGACGUCAUGUCCCUGAUCUCACACCAUGAAGUCAGAUCAAUGACCAAACGUAACGUCCAUGUUGGAUCGUUAACAGUCUCUGUUGACUGUAGCCCUUGACCCCUGGCCACUACGCCAGAAGAACUCUAUUUCAGUGUGUGUGUGUGUGUGUGUGUGAAACAUAAAGAUACGUAAACGUGACAUGCUUGUCAAGCUGUUGAACUUCAGAAAUAAAAGGAUAGGAAGGUGAAGAGUCUUCAAUGAUUGCAUGAGAUCUUUCCACUCUAGAUAUUCUUAUUGAUUAUAGAAACAGUAUACAGAUAGAGGUAAAGGUCAAAGAAAAAGAUAGAUUUGAGAUACCAAUUCAUGGUUUUGGUUAAAGGCCAUUGCAAUUUAAAUUGUAGAUUUGUAGAAACAGUGUUCGCUGUCCUGGCUGGAUGACGUUGCCAAGCAAGACAUUUUAAAUAUUUUAGAAAGACAGUCUUAUAUAUCAGGGUUAAAUAAAGAGAUUGUAUGAAUAAAAUAAA